AUGUUAUCUGAAGGAAAUCAAAGUAUCAUACACACGUUUAUUCUCCUGGGUUUUUCAGAAUAUCCAGAACUCCAGAUUCCACUCUUCUUGGUUUUCUUGUCUGUUUAUCUAAUUACUGCAGUGGGAAAUUUAGGCAUGAUAAUAAUCAUCAAGAUCAAUCCCAAACUCCACACAAUCAUGUACUUUUUCCUUAGUCACUUGUCUUUUGUAGAUUUCUGUUAUGCCACCGUCGUUACACCUAAACUUUUGGAGAACUUGAUUGUGGAAGACAGAACCAUCUCUUUCUCUGGUUGCAUUAUGCAAUUUUGUUUUGCUUGCAUAUUUGGAAUAACAGAAACUUUCAUGUUAGCAGCAAUGGCCUAUGAUCGUUUUGUGGCAGUUUGUAACCCUUUGCUAUAUACCACUACUAUAUCUCAGAAGCUUUGUGUUCUGCUGGUGGCUGGGUCUUACUCAUGGAGUAUAGUGUGUUCCUUGACACUCACAUAUUUUCUUCUUGGAUUAUCCUACUGUGAGCCUGGCAUUAUAAAUAAUUUUAUCUGCGACCACUCUGUACUUGUUUCAAUCUCCUGCUCGGACCCCUACAUCAGCCAGCUGCUGUGUUUUAUUAUUGCCAUAUUCAAUGAGGUGAGUAGCCUGUUGAUUAUUCUGACAUCCUAUAUACUCAUUUUUAUCACUGUUAUGAGGAUGCCUUCUGCAAGUGGGCGUUGGAAAACCUUCUCUACUUGUGCCUCCCAUCUGUCAGCUGUCUCCAUCUUCCAUGGAACCAUCCUUUUCCUUUACUGUACCCCUAAUUCUGAAACUUCUUGGCUCAUAGUUAAAGUGGCUUGUGUGUUCUACACAGUGGUGAUUCCCAUGCUGAACCCCUUGAUCUACAGUCUUAGGAACAAAGAUGUGAAAGACACAUUUAGAAAAUUUGAAGGUGAAAAAUUCUGCAUGUCCAAAAUUCUGCAAGGUCCAAACUCUGUUAAUUUUGAGUUAUUUAGUGAGAUUUUAACCUGGGUGACUUUGAUUCAAUCAGUGGAAGCCUUGUUAAGAGGGACUGGACCCUCCAUGACAUUAGAAAAAAUCUUCAUUGCUGGCUUUGAAGAAGACACCAUGUUGUGA